GCCAUUUGAAAAUAUGUUUACUAUUUGUCAUUAUGUAUUUACAUUGGUCAUCAUAUUCCCCCUGUUAAGGUCCAACCAUUGUCAAACUUGAAUUGGGAAAACCUUAGAGGAACUGGAAAAAUGGCAAUUUUACACAAGUAAAAAUAAACAAUUUUCACCUGAAAUAUACAGCCAAAGAUGUAUCACAUUGAUUGUAUUUGUGUAUUUCAAAUGAGCAAAUUUCAGGAAUAGAAUAGGAAUUUUCCGGGUCAAAGAAGAAGAUUGGAUUUCUCUUGCUGAUAAAUCAACAGUAUUGAAUUCACUUUGAUUAAAAUUGAAAAAAAAAACAAAACUGAAAUUAUAAUUUCCAUUUUCCUUAUAAAAUAAGUUGUUUACUUCAUCAACAGACAAUUGACAACAAUCUUUACACUCAAUCAGUGUCAGUCAUUUUGAUCAACAGUCUUUUUACACUUGUUAAUUAUUCACAAAAUUCAACAGAUUCAAUCCCUUCAUGAUACUAGAGAGAGGGAGAAAUUAAGUUUGCCAUGAAAUUUGGACUUGAAAGAGCAACAAGUUUUCCAUCUUUAAUCAAGAUUAGUUUUUCAUGUUUUUCAUUGUGAUUCAAUUGUGGGACUCUCAACUUUUCAGUUCAACUCUGGUAUCAAUUGCUGUUGAAUGAAUUUACCUCAAUAUCAUCAUUUCAUUCAAAGAUGAUUCCAAUGAUCUCACCUACGUUAACUAACAUCGUCAACUUUACCACUUUGCCUAACCUCACCUUGUUUACCAGUUUUAUUGUGUUCAUUUUUAUUUUGGUUAAAUUAAUCACGAUUCUUUAUCGAUUUCACAUCUUCAACAAGCUUCCUCAUGAUGACCAGAGUCAUUGGCUAUUGGGCGAUGUUAUCCGUUUGAUGCCAACCUUUCCCUUUACCCCAGGACCAGAUGAAACUCCCCUAAGAGAUGCGGUCAAUUAUUAUCAGGAAAAAUUCAAAGACAAAAGUGUUUUCGUUGUUUGGUUAACUUGGUUUCCAGUUGUUAUUUGCAAGGAUUAUCGAUCAGCUCAGCUAUUCUUGGGCAACAGAAAUAACCUGGAGAAAGGUUGGUUUUACAAUUUUCUUGACCCUCGAUUUAAAAAUGGUCUUAUUGGAGCAACACUUGAUAAAUGGUCUAAACGACGGAAACUGGUUCUUCCUGCUCUAAAUCGACGUGCGAUGGAAAAUUUUGUUCCCAUUGUUGUCAAUAGUUGCCAUUCGUUAAUUAAUGAUCUCACUUCAACUUCGAGCUGCCCAAUUGACAUAAAGGAUCCAAUUUAUUUGGCCACCUUCAACAUUAUCUGCCAGUUAGUGAUGGGAGUACAAGUUUUACCCUCAAAAGCCUCAUUUUCAUCGUCAUCCUCAUCAAUACCCUUGUCUUCCCUGUCAUCAGUUAAAUUUCCAUCUCUCAUUGAGGCAAUCACUUCCUUCACCAAACCAAUCAUGUCUCGAGUGGUUAAUCCUCUAUUUAGAUUGGACUGGCUUUUUCAUUGUACUUCUUUGGGUAAAACAUAUCGUCACCAUGUAAAUAUAUUCAACACUUUCUCCAACCAAGCAAUCACUAAUCGACUGAAAACCAUCCAAUCUACUCGACCACAUUCAGUUAACCAUCGUCCCUCUGAUCUGGAGCAAACCUUUUCCGGACUUGAAUACAAUUCAAUGAGAAAAAGUACAACUAAAUCAAUUCUUGAUUAUUUACUCACAAUUUAUCUCGACAAUAAGGACUCACUGGAAUCACAAUCUAGCUCAUUCAAGCUAAAAUCUCAUCACUCAAUUGAUAUCAAAGGAAUCAAAGAAGAGUUGGACAAUACAUUAGCUGCUGGCUAUGAAACCACAGCCAUAGCCAUUAUGUGGACAAUUUACUUGCUUGGUCUCAAUCCUGAAAUUCAGAGGAAAGCUUAUGAAGAUGUUUUGGAUCUGCCUUUGGAUGAAUCCGAUAGUUCAACAUUAACCUUAGACCAUUUCAAUGGCCUCACCUACCUGGACCAGUGUGUUAAAGAAAGCAUCAGAUUGAUCCCACCUUUACCCAUGAUUGCUAGAAAAUUGGAUUCUGAUGUUGUUUGUGAAGGAGUCAAAAUACCUGCUGGUUCAACUGUUGGUAUAAUGAUUCACAUGAUUCACCGAGAUGAAAAUAUAUUUCCUAACCCAAAUGUUUACAAUCCUGAUCGGUUUAAUCCAGAAAGAUUAACCUCAAUUCCAGCCUGUGGAUUUAUACCAUUCAGUAUGGGACCUCGCAAUUGUAUCGGUCAAAAAUUUGCUUAUCUUGAAAUCAAAAUUGUCCUCGCAUUUAUUUUAAAACACUUUACAAUAAUCUCAACCGAACCAAUGGACAAGAUAACUUAUGAACAUGAAAUGAUAACAUCACCAAAGGUACCAUUGAAUGUAAAGUUUAUUUCCAGAGAAACGCAUAUUCAUUAACAUG